AUAGCAUCGCUUCUUCUGUGAACGUCAGUCUUUGCAGCUUCCUGUGAUUUAUUUAAAACUGUCAGAUUGUGUCAGUGCAGACAGAUGGUUGUGCAAGAACAGACAAGACCGGGCCACAGCGUUUAGACAGUUGCAACAUAAGAGUUUUGUGGCUUCAGCAUUUUUUUUAAAAAAGCUUAGCGAACUGUACCAGCUGUCAGAGAGGAUGUAGAUCUGGGGACGGCAUGAAAAGGAGCUUUUUGUACGUCUUCCAGACCUUAUAUCGCAGAAGGAGGAGGUCUGUGGGACCACAGGAACCUCCUGAAAGUUCUUCUUAUGCAUGAGUUUGGCAGAAAACGUCAAUAAUCUGUUAGUUAAAAUGAUGGACUGUUGCUGGCAGUUCCUCCUCCUCCUGCCUUUACUCAGUGCUUAUUGUGAAGGCACAAAUACAUCGUUGAUCAAAAACCUAACAGACAACCUUCUGCAAACCGUCCCUCCUAAUGUCAACGAUUCUGAUGUUCAAACGCUGGUGAUUGAAGGGAGUCAAAUCACUCUGAACGAGACGGACCGACUGGCCUUUAACAGUUAUCCCAAGAUGGUUGAACUGCAUUUAGAUGCUAACCAGGUCACUACCAUACCAGCCAGGUACUUCUCUGGGCUACCAUUCCUCAGAGUGCUAACCCUAGCCAGGAACAACAUCAGCAGUUUGGACCCUGAGGCUUUCUCUGGCUUGGAUGUCCUGGAACAGCUGGACAUGUCCUACAACAAGCUGACAGAUCUCCCCGCAAAGCUGAUCACCGACUUAAAAAGUCUAAAGGUACUGCACCUAGAAGGAAACCCCUGGAACUGCUCCUGUCCUUUGCUGAACACCGUUAGAAAGAUGAAAGAAGCAAAUGUCACGAUCGUGGGCCCGACGAUCACCUGUGAAUCUCCAGAAGAGAAUAGAAAUAAAAAUCUCCUGGAUUCUAUCAAUCUUUGUUUCACAUCAACUCCAAAACCUGUGCAGAUAGAACCAAGGUCCACAUCAACACCAGGCACCUCUCAGCAACCCAAAGGAGUCAACAAGGUGUCGAUAAGCCCUUCAACAACUCAGAACUGUACCAUCGGUGCAGCAGGUCGGAAACCUGCGCUUGGCCACACCUGGAAGUUCACAGCCUGCGUUGCCGCCUUGGCCAUCGCCACCUGCGCCCUCAUCCUUGCCGCCAUCAAGGGACCUUCAUGGUACAAAUGCUUCCACAACUACAGGCAUCGGAGGCUGUACGACGACAACGACGAAGACGAGAACGUCCCGGCGGUAUUCUCUGAGACGGGGGGGCACGGCGACCUGCAGACCUUCGUGUUUGAAGAACUGAGUCAUCAGAUAGAGGAGGAAGACGGGGGCGAUGGAUACUUUGAGGAUCCGUACAUCAGGAGGGCAGACGACCAAGACGGAGAGAUUCUAAGAGGGGAUAUCUAACUAAACCAGAUCUAUAGUUUCUAGAUCUGUAAAUUACAUUAAUAGAUUUUAAUCUGAUUCGUAUGUGGAAUAAGCUAGUCGUUUAGUUUCUCUGUACUGUGAAGAAUGAAGGUGUUUACCAAACCUUCUGCACGUCAUCAGAGAGCAGAGGGUCCACUGAGCCACAGGGUUAUGAGGAGAAACCCAACAUCAAUAUUUAUUACAUCUAUUUUAUCACAGGGUGGAAGGGGAUGAUAUGGAGGAAUCCAAGCGAUUCAAAAACAGAGGCGGGUGUUCAACCUCAUUUUUCAAGGGUUGGUGUCCCGCAUGUUUUAGAUGCUUUUACACAAAUAGUGUAGAUUCUUCCUAAGCUUCAUUGAGCCACGAAUAAAACCCAAAAUUACCUUUAUGUCCAAACCUCUGAAACAAUAAAACAGUCUACAGUCAGUGGAUUCAUGGUAAAGAGGUUACUGACAGAAAAUCAGCCAGUUGGGUCGGCCAUGUUGGUGACGGAGAGGUUACUAGGUACAGCCCCCCCCAACCGCAUGCUGAUGUUCUAGAAAAUACCUUUUCUUGCUACAUGCAAUCAUCUGGACUUCCAUACACACAUGUUUUGUUACCAACCAGAUUAAAUGAUUAACGCAGCAGAACUUUACUGUAUAUCAGGAAUGAUUGGAUUAACCUGAAUGUAAACUGGAUUGAAAUGGUAUGAAUUAUUUUUAUUUUUAUAUAAAUUUCUAUAUAAUUUGAAAUAAGUUUGAACAAAUUGUCUUGAGAUGAGAUCCGCUGUAAAUUGUUGCUGUAUAAAGAAACUGAAUGGAACCCAGACUAAAUGUCAGCUAUCAUCGUUUUCUUCUAUUAUAUUUCUCCUAACCGCCCAGCUGGUGUCUAACAGAACAGCUUUUCCCAAACUUUCCACUCCUUCCUGCAUAAAAGCUUUAACAUUUGCAAAGUAACAGAAAAUACUGCAAAAUCUGGAAGAAGAAAAAAAAGAGAGUAAAGUAGGUAUUAUUUGUUGUUGGUUUGAUGAAAUUUUAACAGAUAAACAGCUGAAGCAGAAACUAGGCAGGAAUCCAAAAAUCAUCAAAUCAAAAACAUGAAAACAAAGUCAAAGAAACCAGAAACUAUGGAGACAUCAGGGGGGAAACCAUCACGAGGAGGAGGACUCAGAGAGACGGAGCUGGAGGAAGUUAGACAAGGAACCAGCACUGAGGAAAUGAACAAAAAGAGUAUUUAUGGGAGACUGAAA